AGUAACCCCACCCUCCUCCCCUUUCUACAGAAGGUCUGGUCGUAUAAGGCGUGGAGCAGACUUUAUGACGUACGAAAGUGUGUAGCGUGGAUCUGCCUGGACAAACGCGACUCGGAGUUGUUAGGAUUUGGUGAAGUUCUUCACUGGGUGAAACUGACGAGUGUUCCUGUCGGAGAGAUCGACUUGGACUACUAUUGGUACGCGAACUGGGGGCCCGGGAGCUGUAGAUAUGGCCGAAGGAAACGACGGUGGAGGACAGGUUUCGUGUAUGGACAGGUUCCAGAGUUACCUGAGGACGACGAAGGGGCGCAUUUUGGCAGCUGAAAUUGUACUUUGUGUGAUUGUCUUCAUUUGCUAUGCUGCCUCUGCCUAUGGUGGGUAUACAGCAGUGUCCAUCUGUGAAGCUGUAUUUACUUCAAUCUUCUUUGUUGUAUACAUGAUGGAGUUUGACAAACAGUUCACCGUUGUCCACUGGCCUUGGAGUGAUUUAUUUCGUGCUGUGGUGGGUGCUGUUUUGUUCCUCAUUACCUCACUAAUUACAAUCAUCAAGCAUGGAGAUGGAGCCAGCAUUGCAGGAGGGGUGUUUGGCCUCUGUGUUGGCAUCAUAUAUGCCUAUGAUUCCUACUUAUGCAUUGAUGUUCUCAAGAGAGCGAAACACUCAAGGGCAAACACAGUUCCUCCAAAUGAUGUUUAACUGCACCCAGUGCCUCCCUUUCAUCAGGAGAAGGAAGUCAUCACGACAAAGAGUGGAAAAAAGGUGGAUAGAAUACAAGAAUGGCUACUGCUACUGACCCAGACUUGUCCAUUUUUUUUUUUUUUACGCUUUUCCCAACUGGCACUAAAAAUGUUUACUUUUGUACACCUUAGGCCUGCUGGUUAUCUAAAAUGUUGCAAGUUUUACCUCUGAGGCGUGUGCUAUUAGGAAAAACUAACUUUGACAAUGGAGUUCCACUAGCCACCCCGUAUCUAUACAUUUCCAGUUCCCUCUCCAAUAUAUUCAGCUUUUAUUUCCAAAAUAAUUUACGUGGAACUGGUACUCUGAACAUUAUAUUGUGCAGAGUUGCUUUUAUGUCCAUCCCCUUAAUGUCUAAAUCACCCCACCCCACCCUCCCUCUCAAUUAGAAAUAGUUUGCUUUUAAAGUGUAACAGAUGUAAUUUACUGUCUGGACCAGCUUAACAUUCCUGGUGGGUUAAUGGCCAUGUAAAGUAACAGAAAGCUGGAAAAGGAAUACACUGUACAGAAGGGAAGCCAUUUUGUGUGUAUCAAGUUAUAACAAAGUUAAACUGCUCACUAGAAUCUCACAAUGCUCUCCCCAUGCAAGUUACACACUGCUGUUGUACUGUGGUGGACUGUCAUUGUACCGUUCAGAUCCCGUGGUGCUGCCUGCUGACCUCUUAAUGACAAUUUUAUAUCAAUAAACGGUGUUUCUGGAAAAGACAAAA